AUGGAUGGAGCAAAUCAAUCAGCUGUGUCAGAGUUCGUGUUCCUGGGACUCACUAACUCCCGGGCUAUCCAACUAUUCCUCUUUGUGCUCUCCUCCACUUUUUACAUGGCAAGCAUGAUGGGAAACUCCCUCACUGUGCUCACAGUGGCUUCUGAUCCUCACUUGCACUCCCCCAUGUACUUUCUGUUGGCCAACCUCUCCUUCAUUGACCUGGGUGUUUCUUCUCUCACUUCUCCCAAGAUGAUUUAUGAUCUCUUUAGAAAGCACAAAGUUAUCUCAUUUAGAGGGUGCAUCACUCAGAUCUUCUUCAUCCAUGUCAUUGGUGGUGUGGAGAUGGUGUUGCUCAUAGCCAUGGCCUUUGAUAGGUAUGUGGCCAUAUGUAAACCUCUCCACUACUUGAAUAUUAUGAACCCCAAACUGUGCAUCUUAUUUGUACUGGCUGCCUGGAUGAUCGGCCUCAUGCACUCCAUGGUUCAACUGGCUUUUGUUGUAAACUUGCCUUUCUGUGGCCCUAAUGUGUUGGAUAGCUUUUACUGUGACCUUCCUCGGCUCAUUAAACUUGCCUGCACAGACACCUACCGCCUUGAAUUCAUGGUCACAGCCAACAGCGGAUUUGUAUGUGUAACCUGCUUUGUUGUGUUGCUGAUCUCCUACACAUACAUUCUUCUCACUGUCUGCCAAAGCUCCAAAACAGGUGCUUCCAAGGCACUGUCCACCUGCACUGCCCACAUCACGGUGGUGGUGAUCUUCUUCGUGCCCUGCAUCUUCAUCUAUGUGUGCCCACUAAACAUCACCUGGCUGGACAAAUUUCUUGCUGUCUUUUACUCUGUUUUUACUCCUCUCCUAAAUCCAGCCAUUUAUACACUGAGAAAUAAAGAGAUGAAAAAUGCUAUAAAAAGAUUGAGAAACAUUUACAUGGGUUACCAGGGAAAUACUUAA